AUGGUGAAAUUUGGCACACAUGGUCAGGGGUACAAGAAACAGUGGAUGUUGCUCAAGAGAACCAAAAGCUGCAGUAAAGUUGGUGUGGACGAGGGUGAACCUGAAGAGGCUAACGGUCUGAAGCAGGCCAACGGUGGGGGUAACCAUGACGACGACAGCAGCGCUGGGAAAGGGUCGAGUCAGGUCAAAGGAGCCAAUCUGGUCAUGAAGCAGUUUCUGGCCCUGCUGGUCAAGAGGUUUCACCACGCUACCAGAUCAUACAAAGACUUCCUCGCACAGAUCGUCCUGCCUGCUAGCUUCGUCCUGAUAGCCCUGAUCUUCACCAUGAUUGUGCCUCCGUUUGGAGAGUACCCCGCCCUCACCCUCACUCCCUGGAUGUAUGGAAAGCAGCUGACUUUCUUCAGUAACGAGCGACUGGAGAACUACCAGAUGAGACAUUUCACCAAGGUGUUGCUGAAUCCCCCUGGCCUUGGGACUCGCUGUAUGGCAGGAACCCCUCUACAAAACCUGCCCUGUGAGAAUGAGACAUUGGGCUGGGAGACACCUGCGGUUUCUUCAAUAGCCAAUAACAUCCUGCAGAGCCCUGAGUGGCACCCGCUAAACCCCUCCCCUUCCUGCCAGUGCAGCACCAAUAAGAAGCUGACUAUGUUACCCAUCUGUCCAAUCGGAGCUGGGGGGCUGCCCCCUAUGCAGAGGAAAGAGGCUACGGGAGAUGUACUACUGGACUUGACUGAUGAAACAUUACAGACUACCUGGUUAAAACCUACCCCAGCCUCAUCAGACAAAGGAUACCCUCUCUCAACUGAUGAAGAUGCUCAACGUUACUGGGGGUCCCUACACAAAGCUAUCGCUGCAGGAGAUUGGACCUUUCCUCAGAUACAUGGAAGUGAAUACAAUGUCAAAGUCUGGUACAACAACAAAGGCUGGCACGCCAUGGUGGCCUUCAUGAAUGUGGCCAACAACGCCAUUCUGAGGGCCCACCUGCCUCAUAACGUUGACCCCAUGCAGUACGGCAUCACAGCCAUCAACCACCCCCUCAACCUCACCAAGGAACAGCUGUCUGAAGUCACUGUGUUGAAGACAUCAGUAGACGCAGUGACAGCUAUCUGUGUGAUCUUUGCCAUGUCCUUCAUCCCAGCCUCGUUUGUCCUCUACCUGAUCCAGGAGAGAGUAACCAAGGCUAAACACCUCCAGUUCGUCAGCGGGGUCAGCCCCCUUGUCUACUGGUUAGCCAACUUCUUCUGGGAUAUGAUGAACUACUCUCUCAGUACAGCCAUGGUGGUGGGGAUCUUUGUGGUCUUCGACAAGAAGUGUUACACCUCACCCACCAACCUGCCAGCCCUCGUUCUCCUGCUCUUCUUGUAUGGUAAGCCUAACGUCUCUCUGUCCUGCAUCAACCUGUUCAUCGGAUCAACAGCAGCGCCCUCACUUCAUAUUGGAACUGCCUUGUUAGAGUUCAAUGAGUGGCUGAAGAAAGGCCUCCUGGUGUUCCCUCACUUCUGUCUGGGCCGGGGGCUGAUUGACAUGGCUAUGAACCAGGCUGGACUGAUGUCUAUGCACACUUUGACGUACUCUGGGAAGACGAGACAAGCGGUGGACAGGAUCUGUGUGGGCGUGCCUGCAGGAGAGUGUUUUGGUCUGUUAGGAGUGAACGGAGCUGGGAAAACCACCACUUUCAAGAUGUUGACUGGAGACACAGACGUUAGUUCUGGAGAGGCCACUGUCGCUGGAUACAGUAUCCUGUCAGACAUGCUGGACGUGCACCAGAACAUGGGCUACUGCCCUCAGUUUGACGCUAUAGACGACUUGCUGACAGGCAGGGAACAUCUGUACCUCUACGCUCGCCUCCGAGGGGUCCCUGAGUCAGACAUCAGCAGAGUGGCAGACUGGGGCAUCCAGAAGCUUGGCCUAUCAGAGUACGCUGGUCGCUGUGCAGGAACAUACAGCGGAGGCAACAAGAGGAAACUCUCCACAGCCAUCGCUAUGAUUGGCUGCCCAGCCCUGGUUCUACUG